AUUAAUUAAAAUUCUUGGUAGAUAGAAUGGACAGAAAAUCGACAUGAUGAAGUCAAAAAAACAUGAAGGUUACAUCAAGGUGCAAGGCAAAUGGGUUAAGCUGGCUCAGAUGGGAGCUGGGCCUGGAGCCAGAAGCUCACACGCCAUCGCCAUUGUAGGACAGAAAGCCUAUGUUUUUGGCGGCGAGUUCAGCCCACGCGUCCCAGUGGACAACAAUCUCCACGUCUUCGACCUAGAAACCCUAACAUGGUCCGUCGCUAACGUAACUGGCGACAUCCCCCCUCCGCGCGUCGGGGUCACGAUGACAUCCAUCGAGGAAGUCGUCUACGUUUUCGGUGGCAGGGACAGUACCCAUUCGGAGCUCAACGAACUAUACUCCUUAACAUGCGGACGAACAAAUGGACCCUCCUUUCUAGCGGCAAUGCCAGCCCCCCCCAUCGGAGCUACCACUCCACGACCGCCGAUGACCGACGAGUGUACAUCUUCGGUGGGUGCGGUGUCGCCGGAAGGCUCAACGAUUUAUGGGCCUAUGAUGUCAUUGACGGAAAGUGGAUUCAGUAUCCAAACCCAGGAGAAAACUGCAAGGGUAGGGGUGGGCCGGGCCUCGCCUUGGCCCGAGGAAAAAUAUGGGAGACCCACGGGGGGGGAGAAAGCUACGGCUCGGAGUGUAUUUUGCACCAUCUGCAUCGGAAAAUACAUAAUCAUACACGGCGUGGAGGUGGAUCCAAGUGACUUGGGCCACCUCGGUGCAGGGAAGUUUACCGGAGAGGUUUAUGGGCUAGACACGGAGACAUUAGAGUGGAAGAAGUGGGUGGAUGGGCCGGGGCCAGAUAAUCAUCCUGGGCCUAGGGGGUGGUGCGCAUUUGGCAAGGGUUGGAGAGAUGGGCAAGAGGGACUGUUGGUGUAUGGUUGCAACUCUCCUACCAAUGAUCGGCUUGAUGACAUUUCCUACUUUACUCCUCUGUAUUGAUGGAAUUGAAAACUAAUGGUUGGUGUGUUAGGUUAUGAUGAAUAAUGUUAAAUAUUUAGAAAUGUGGGUUUUGGGUUUUAUGUGCUGUAUAAAAGACAUAAUAUAUGGUUUUCUAUGAAGUCCUUAGAAGACAGAAAUAGCAUUUUGAAUUCUCUUUUGAAUGAUAAAUUAUUGAAUGUUUG